AUGAUUGGCAUGUCGGCACGAUUCGCAACACACCCUGACAUACGGGCCCGCGGACCUAUGUAUUGUGCCAAAGCCAAGGCGGCGCUGAAGGACGAUCUCGAGCACGUCUGCAUUGAGAACAUCCAGGCGUGUAUCCUGGUGGGGAAUAAUUGCAUGGGCGACUGCAACGCAGAUGCCGAGUCGUUAUACUUUGUGAUUGCCAUCCGCAUGGCUCAAAUACUCAAUCUCGGAGCUCCCAGCGAAGCUGAUGACGGAGUCACCCGCGAGACAAAGAGGCGGAUCUUCUGGACCUGCUUCAUCAUCGACACAUGGGCUAGCGGUGGCUCAAAUUUGUCGCGACAGUUUGAAUGGCAAGCGAAGGGGCCCCGAGUCCCAAUGGAUGAGGCUGUCUUCGCUCUGAUGAAGCCGGGCGACCCAGACAUCCCUGAUGCAGAAUGGCGACCCGGACUCUGGGGCCAUAUGGUAAGACUGGUCGAGAUCUAUGCUCAGAUACAGCAGUUCCACAAGGAACUCGCCGAGAUAGCUGAGUGGGACGAAGGUUGGAUGGACGAGUCGGUUCAACGCCUUGAAUCCCAACUUGCCGCUUUUGAGCAGCAAAUUGGCCCCGAAAUGGCAUUUUCAUUGGAAAACCUGGCAACAUUCGUGAGUCGUGGCCUAGGCAGUGUCUUCAUCGCCUUCCAUCUCGGCCAUCAUCACUACUACACGCUGCUGUUCUACCAAUACCUCGACCAGCGACGGCCGUCUACGAGGAACGGGAAGAAAUACGCAGAUCUGUGCAAGGUUCAUGCGGCUAUUAUUUGUGAUGUGCUGAAGGCAUCGCGGGAGGUCCCUGGCGCAGACGCUCUGUACAACAUUGUGGGCCACGUCACGAUUGUAUCAUCAUCGGUGCUGCUGCACACGUACCUGUUCGGAGAGCCCCAUGAGCUUGAAUACUCGAGAAACCGCCUCGAGUCAAAUCUCGCAUCGCUGGUACAGCUGCGCAGCUACUGGUCAAGCGUGGAGCUGAUGAUUAACCGAUUGGUCGUGUUCCAGAAGAAUUGCAUCCUAUCUCUCAGCAGAAACACGCAUCGCUUCGACAAGUGGAUGGUCAAGUUUCUCAUUGCACAUGCACUGGCACUCGAGGACAAGGUGGACGAUCUGUGGCCCGACUUCGACCUGAGCCAGGCAGCUGGCAACGCCCAUCUUGAGAGAAGUCGCAUAACUCAAUCGAUGAUCAUGGGAAUACAAAAUUCGGAUGCAUUUGGACCAGGGUAG